UUUCUUUCUUUCCUUCUUGCGUCCCACACUCGCAUCGCCGUUUGCCCGUAGUCUUUUCCAUCUGACUCUCUUCUUUCUCGCUCCGUCUCUCUCGCCUCUUCUCUCCCUGCCUCGCUUGCGUCUUCUCUCCCUUCGUGUCUGUCUCUUCGCUCCGUUUUCUCGAAGAUGGCGCCUAAGCAGAAGAAGGAAACGGAGGCAGUGGAUGACGCGCGCCUCCGCAUUGCGAUCGUCAACGCGGAUCGCUGCAAGCCGAAGAAAUGUCGACAGGAGUGCAAGAGAAACUGUCCGGUCGUCCGGACGGGCAAGCUGUGCAUUGAGGCAGAUGCUACGUCGAAGAUUGCCUUCAUUUCUGAGCCCCUCUGCAUCGGCUGUGGCAUCUGUGUCAAGAAAUGUCCAUUCGAAGCGAUCGCCAUCAUCAAUCUCCCCAGAGACCUCGGGAAAGACGUCACACACAGAUUCGGUGCCAAUUCAUUCAAGCUCCACAGGCUGCCGGUGCCGAGACCCGGACAGGUCUUGGGUCUGGUGGGGACGAACGGCAUUGGAAAGUCGACGGCGCUGAAGAUUCUCUCGGCGAAACUCAAACCGAAUCUGGGGAAGUACAGCAACCCGCCAGACUGGCAAGAGAUCUUGGCUUUCUUCAGGGGCAGCGAGCUGCAGAACUUCUUCACGCGCAUGUUGGAAGAAGAUUUGAAAGCGAGCAUCAAGCCUCAGUAUGUCGACCAUGUGCCGAAACAGGUCAAGGGAACGGUCGGACAGGUGAUCCAGCUGAAAGAUGAGACUGGCCGCGGAGCAGAGCUGAUGAAAGACAUGGAACUCGACCAUCUGGUCGACCGAGAGAUCGGGAACCUCUCUGGCGGAGAGCUGCAGCGCUUCUGCAUUUGCGUCACCGCCAUUCAAAAGAACAACGUAUUCAUGUUUGAUGAGCCUUCCUCGUACCUCGACGUGAAGCAACGACUCAAGGCGGCCCUCGUCAUUCGUUCCUGCCUCCAAUACGACAACUUCAUCAUCGUGGUGGAGCACGAUUUGUCUGUUUUGGAUUACCUCUCCGACUACAUCUGCUGUCUCUGGGGGAAGCCCGGCGCGUACGGAGUCGUGACAAUGCCCUUUAGCGUCAGAGAAGGAAUCAACAUCUUCCUGGAUGGAUUCGUCCCGACCGAGAACCUGCGCUUCCGCGACGAAAGCUUGAACUUCAAACUCGCUGCAGACCAAGAUAUCCUUCCCGAAGAAAUCCAGCGACUGCACUUCUACAAGUACCCCGCGAUGACGAAGACGCUCGGGUCCUUCAAGCUUCGUGUCGAAAGCGGUCACUUCAGCGACAGUGAAAUUCUCGUCAUGCUUGGGCAGAACGGAACCGGAAAGAGCACGUUGAUUCGCAUGCUCGCAGGGUUGCUGAAAGCAGACGAAGAAGUGGAACUUCCAAAUCUACACGUGAGCUACAAGCCUCAGACGAUCACUGCCAAGUAUCAGGGCACUGUCAGAGAUUUGUUUUUCGCCAAGAUCAGGGAGUCGUUCAACCACCCGCAGUUCCAGACAGACGUCGUGAAGCCCCUGCAGUUGGAAACGAUCAUGGAUCAAGAAGUCCAGCAUUUGUCAGGGGGAGAACUGCAGCGUGUCGCCCUCAUUGUCGCUCUGGGAAAACCUGCGGAUAUUUACCUCAUCGACGAGCCGUCUGCGUACCUCGAUUCCGAGCAGCGUAUCAUGGCAGCUCGCGUUAUCAAACGAUUCAUCUUGCAUGCAAAGAAAACGGCGUUCGUGGUUGAACACGACUUCAUAAUGGCGACCUAUCUGGCAGAUCGCGUCAUCGUGUACGAGGGAGAACCAGGCGUGGAGUGCGUCGCUCGUUCCCCCGACAAUCUCGUCAGCGGCAUGAACCGUUUCCUCAAGUCCCUGGAAAUCACCUUCCGUCGCGACCCAACCAAUUUCCGGCCGCGCAUCAACAAAAUGGAAAGUGUCAAGGAUAAAGAGCAGAAACUUAUGGGCAACUAUUUCAUGCUCGACGACGCUUGAAGCGAGGCAGGGUUGUUUCCGGGAAAGACAAAUUUUUUUCCGACCGGUCGCUCAGGGAGUGGGAGAGGAACCGCGGAGUUCUUUACGGGCAUGGUGUCGAAACGCCUAACUGGGGAGUCAGAGGAGUCAUCUAGUUGUUCUGUGUAUCUCUGCGUAUCUGU